AUGCGGCUAUUGUACGGCGCUCCAGGAACCGAGCGAAAGCAGCAGCCUGUGAAACUGCCUCAGCCUGGCACUGCGAACUGUGCCCGUGUCUCUCUCAGAAUUAGACCGCAGCUAGCCAAAGAGAAGAUUGAAGGAUGCCAUAUUUGUACAUCUGUCACACCUGGUGAACCUCAAGUGUUCUUGGGAAAAGACAAGGCCUUCACUUUUGAUUAUGUUUUUAACAUUGAUUCACAGCAAGAAGAGAUCUACAUACAGUGCAUAGAAAAACUGAUUGAAGGUUGCUUUGAAGGCUAUAAUGCCACUGUUUUUGCUUAUGGCCAAACAGGUGCUGGCAAAACAUAUACCAUGGGCACUGGAUUUGAUGUCAACAUUACAGAAGAGGAACAAGGCAUUAUAUCGCGUGCUGUUAAGCACCUUUUCAGAUGUAUUGAAGAAAAAAAACAAGCUGCUAUUAAACAAGGACUUCCACCUCCAGAUUUUAAAGUGAAUGCGCAAUUCUUAGAGCUUUACAAUGAAGAAAUUCUUGAUCUGUUUGAUACCACGCGUGAUAUUGAUGCAAAGAAUAAAAAAUCAAAUAUUAAAAUACAUGAAGAUUCAAAAGCAGGAGGAAUUUAUACAGUGGGUGUUACAACACGAACUGUGAAUGGAGAAUCGGAGAUGAUGCAGUGCUUGAAGCUGGGGGCUUUGUCUCGGACCACUGCCAGCACUCAGAUGAAUGUUCAGAGCUCACGGUCACACGCUAUCUUUACUAUACACUUGUGUCAAACCAGAGUUUGUCCUGCAUUUAGCACUGAUAAUGCAACUGAUAACAGGAUAAUAUCUGAAUCUUCUGAGAUGAAUGAAUAUGAAACCCUUACAGCCAAAUUCCAUUUUGUUGACCUAGCGGGAUCUGAAAGGUUAAAGCGAACGGGAGCUACAGGAGAAAGGGCAAAAGAAGGCAUUUCCAUCAACUGUGGACUACUUGCACUUGGCAAUGUAAUAAGCGCGCUGGGAGAUAAAAGUAAGAAAGCAACUCAUGUACCAUACAGAGAUUCAAAGCUUACGAGACUACUUCAAGACUCUCUUGGGGGAAACAGUCAAACGCUCAUGAUAGCAUGUGUGAGCCCUUCAGAUAGAGACUUCAUGGAAACCUUGAACACGUUAAAGUAUGCCAACCGGGCGCGGAACAUCAAGAACAAGGUGAUGGUUAAUCAGGAUAGGGCUAGUCAGCAAAUAAAUGCUUUGCGCAGUGAGAUUGCACGGCUACAGAUGGAACUCAUGGAAUACAAAACGGGUAAAAGGAUUAUAGAUGAAGAUGGUGUUGAAAGCAUCAAUGACAUGUUCCAUGAAAAUGCGAUGCUGCAAACAGAAAACAACAACCUGCGUGUUAGAAUUAAAGCAAUGCAAGAGACUAUCGAUGCACUGAGAGCCAGAAUAACGCAACUUAUGAGUGAUCAGGCCAACCAAGUGCUAGCCAGAGCAGGAGAAGGAAAUGAAGAAAUUAGCAACAUGAUUCAUAAUUAUAUCAAGGAAAUUGAAGAUCUCAGAGCAAAAUUAUUAGAAAGUGAAGCAGUGAAUGAAAAUCUUCGACGCAACUUGUCAAGAGCUUCAACAAGAUCCACAUACUUUGGUGGACCAUCAGCAUUUUCUGCUUCUAUGAUUUCUUCAGAGAAAGAGACAAUGGAAAUUCUAGAUAUAGCCAAGAAAGAUCUAGAAAAGCUGAAAAGAAAAGAAAGGAAAAAGAAAAAGAGGCUACAGAAACUUGAGGAAAGCAGUCAAGAAGAAAGAAGUGUUAAAGAGGAUAACACAGAUAAUGAGCAGGAGAAGAGAGAUGAAAAAGGCACUUCGGAGAGAGAGAAUAAUGAAUUGGAAGUAGAGGAAAUUCAGGAAGUAAGUGAUCAUGAGGAUGAAGAUGAUGAUGAUGAUGAGGAUGAAGAUGACAUGGAGGUUGUUGAAAGCUCAGAUGAAUCAGAUUCUGACUCUGAUGAGAAAGAAAAUUACCAAGCUGACUUGGCAAACAUCACCUGUGAAAUAGCCAUUAAGCAGAAACUGAUAGAUGAGCUAGAGAACAGCCAGCGAAGGUUGCAAACACUGAAAAAACAAUAUGAAGAGAAAUUAAUGAUGCUACAACAUAAGAUUCGAGACACUCAGCUUGAAAGAGAUCAGGUUCUUCAAAACUUGGGUUCUGUAGAGACCUAUUCAGAAGAAAAGGCAAAAAAAAUCAAGUCAGAAUAUGAAAAGAAACUCCAAGCCAUGAAUAAAGAACUGCAAAGACUUCAAACAGCACAAAAGGAACAUGCACGAUUGCUUAAAAAUCAGUCUCAAUAUGAAAAGCAACUGAAGAAAUUGCAGCAGGAGGUAACAGAGAUGAAGAAAACCAAGGUUCGCUUGAUGAAACAAAUGAAAGAAGAGCAGGAGAAAGCUAGAAUGACUGAAUCUAGAAGAAAUAGAGAGAUUGCACAGCUUAAAAAGGAGCAACGCAAACGAGAGCAUCAGCUCAAGCUUCUGGAAGCUCAGAAAAGAAAUCAAGAAGUUAUCUUACGUCGCAAAACUGAAGAGGUUACAGCCCUUCGUCGACAAGUAAGGCCUCUGUCUGAUAAAGUGGCAGGAAAAGUAAGUCGAAAGCUGAGCCUGCCUGAGCAUCCUAUACAGGAGGCAAGUUCUAGCUCAUCAGUUGAGCACGAUGGUUCAAGAACAGCAGCACAGCAGAAGAUGAGAAUUCCUGUUGCAAGGGUUCAAGCAUUAUCUGUAACUGCAACAAAUGGAACAGGAAAGAAGUAUCAGCGGAAAGCAGUGACGAGCAGAGUUUACUCCUCAAAGGCAGCCAGAAUGAAGUGGCAGUUACUUGAACGCAGAGUGACCGAUAUCAUUAUGCAGAGGAUGACCAUUUCCAAUAUGGAGGCAGAUAUGAACAGGUUACUUACGCAACGUGAAGAACUUACAAAAAGAAGAGAAAAGCUUUCAAAGAAAAGAGAGAAGCUCAUCAAGGAUGGAGGUGGCAGCGAAGCAGAUAGAAAUGUCCAAAACAUAAAUGAAGAGAUGGAAUCACUAACUGCGAAUAUAGACUACAUUAAUGACAGCAUUUCUGACUGCCAAGCAAACAUUAUGCAAAUGGAAGAAGCAAAGGAAGAAGGAGAGACCUUGGAUGUAACAGCAGUGAUUAAUGCUUGCACUUUGACAGAAGCUCGAUAUUUGCUUGAUCACUUCCUCACAAUGGGUAUCAAUAAGGGUCUCCAAGCAGCUCAGAAAGAAGCUCAGAUCAAAGUUCUUGAGGGACGCCUUAAGCAGACAGAAAUUACUAGUGCUACUCAAAACCAACUGCUGUUUCAUAUGCUGAAAGAAAAAGCUGAGUUAAAUCCUGAACUUGAUGCUUUGCUGGGUCAUGCUUUGCAAGACCUAGAUAGCAUACCACUAGAAAAUUUGGAAGAUAGUACUGAUGAGGAUGCCCCAUUGCACAGUCCUGGGACAGAAGGAAGUUCAUUAUCUUCAGAUCUUUUGAAGCUUUGUGGUGAAGUCAAACCCAAAAGCAAGGCCCGCCGAAGGACCACUACCCAGAUGGAAUUGCUGUACGCAGACAGCAGCGAUUUAGUCUCUGAUAUCAGUGCUGCAGACUCUGCUUUGUCUGGUUCUCUUUCAUCAGUUGCAGAAACCCAAGAAAGUGGGAUGGCUGCUGACACAAAUGAUACUUCUGCUAGGGACAGAGAGUUUAUUCCCCCACCAUCUGGCUUACCUUCUAAGAUAGGCAGCAUGUAA